AUGUCCACCACAACCACCACCACCGCCCCCCUCGGCCCCAUCGCCCACACCCUCGCCCACCUCCCCACCCCCACCACUCUCCUCCUCGCCUUCGUCGUCCUCCUCCCCCUCGGCCUCUACGCCCUCUACACGCACCUCGCCUUCUCGACCAACACGCCUUACAUCCGCGGCCUACCGGAGCCCCCCGGCGCCGUCCCGUUCUUCGGCCACCUCCCGCUCCUCGGCGGCGACCACCCGACGCGGUUUCAGAAAUGGUCCGUCGAGAACGGAUGGGCGGUGCUGCAGGCGCGGCUGGGGCGGCGGCGGGUGGUGGUGCUGAACACCUUCGCCGCGGCCGAGUGGUUCAUGAAGAAGAACGCGGCGGCGACGAUCGACCGGCCCGUGUUUGAGACGUUUCACGGCGUGGUGAGCGGGUCGCAGGGCGCCACCAUCGGCACCUCCCCAUGGGACGCCUCCUGCAAGCGCAAGCGCACCGCCGUCGGCGCCUUCAUGACGCGGCCCGCGAUCCAGCGCAGCGCGGCGCCGCUCUUCGACCUCGAGAUCCACGGGCUCAUCACCGCGCUCCUCGACGCCGCAUCAGCACCAUCAUCAACAUCUCCCUCAUCCUCCCCCUCCGAUCUCUCCCUCCCCACAGAAGUCGACCCCCGCCCGCUCCUCCUCCGCGCCACCCUCAACUUCACCACCCUCCUCUGCUACGCCUCGCGCUUCGCCUCCCCCGCCGACCCGCUCCUCGCCGACAUCCUCGCCACCGCCCACGCCGUGUCCACCUUCCGCAGCACCAACGGCAACGACCAGGACCACGUCUCGCCGCUGCUGUGCUACGUCCCCAUCCCCAGCAUGCGGGCCCAGACGCGCGGCUGGAGCGAGCGGCGGGCGCUGGCGAAGAGCCUGUCGGCGCGGCGCGACGUGUGGUUGGACGCGCUGCUGGAGCGGGUGCGCAAGGCGGUGGGGGAGGGGAGGGCGGUGAGUUGCAUCGCCGAGGGGUUGUUGCGGGAUGGGGAUGUGGAAGGGGCGAAGUUGAACGAGGCGGAGAUACGGUCGAUCAAUGUGGGGCUGGUGUCGGGGGGGUUCGAGACGUUGGCGACGACGGCGGUGGCGGGGCUGGGGUUCUUGAGCAGCGAGGAGGGGCAGGGCGUGCAGCGGAAGGCGUAUGAGGCGGUGAUGGAGGCGUAUGGGGGGAACGUGGAGGAGGCGUGGGAGAAGUGUUUGGGCGAGGAGAAGGUCGAGUAUGUGGUGGCGCUGGUGAGGGAGAUGUUGAGGUAUUAUUGCGCGAUUCAGCUGUUGCCGCCGAGGCAGACGUUCAAGGAGAUGGAGUACGAGGGCGUGCGCAUCCCGAAGGGCGUGACGGUGUAUGUGAAUGCGCAGGCUAUCAACCACGAUGAGACGGCUUAUGGGCCGGACGCGCAUGUUUUCCGCCCGGAGCGCUGGCUCGAUCCGGAUAACAAGUUCAAGGUUCCGGCUCCGUACCACUAUUCCUAUGGCGCUGGGUCGAGAGCGUGCACGGCGAUUGCGCUCUCCAACAGGAUCUUGUAUACCAUGUUCGUGAGGCUCAUCAUCCACUUCAAGUUCACCGCCAGCAAGGAGGCACCGCCCACCCUUGACUACAUCGACUUCAACGAGAACCGGAAGGAUGCUUCGGUCCUGCCGAAAAGGUUCAGGCUCAAGCUGGAGGAGAGGGAACCGAGGGAGGUGCUGGAGAGAAACCUGGAGCAGAGCAAGAAUGCGACGUCCCAUUUGGUGCUGGCGUAA